UGCAGCUGUUAUUUGUACAAAGUGCUCCGGCCCUGCCUUGGAAAGUGUUUUAUCUGUAACAGGACCCAGAGUGCUGGCAUUCACUCCUCUGGUACUGCCUUUGCCGCAGUCAGGAUCUCCUUCUGUCGCCAGGAGAGAUGGUCACCUACAAGGUCACGGUGGCCACUGGGACUUCAUACUACUCAGGAACCAAUGACUACAUCUAUGUCACGCUGGUGGGAGAGAAAGGAUCGAGCAAGAGAACCAUCCUGGAUAAAUGGCUGUUCAAUGACCUGGAGAGAGGAAGUGUGCAUGAAUACAAGGUCGAAAGUGAGACGGACCUGGGCUGCAUCUGGUGGGUGCAGUUGGACAAGGAGAGGUUCCUGGUGGAGGACAACUGGUUCUGCAGCUAUGUGAUGGUGCGGACGCCUUCAGGAGAAAGCCUCGUCUUCCCCUGCUACAGGUGGCUGUGUCAUAAUGACAGCGUCUGCAUUCGGGAAGGACAAGCUAAGCGACCCUACGAUGACUCCCUGCCUGCUUUUCAGUCACACCGCCAGCAGGAGCUCGUGGAGAGGCAGAAGCUCUACAGAUGGAAGGUUUGGAAGCCUGGCAUCAUCAGGUGCAUUGCCGCUGAAACAGAGGAGGAUCUCCAUCCAGAUGUCAAGUUCGACAAUGACAAGCGGACUGACUUUGAGAACUCCUUGCACUUGGCUUUAGGGGAACUCUUCCUGAAGAAGUUUGUGAACAUGUUCGGAACAUCCUGGCACAGUCUAGAGAGCUUUCAGAAGAUCUUCUGGAGAGUCAAGAGUCCCAUAGGAAUCUACGUGGUCAACCAUUGGAAGGAAGAUUGGUUCUUUGGGUACCAGUUCAAAAAUGGUUGCAACCCCUGCUUGAUUGAGAGGUGUAGGGAGAUCCCAAAGAAGUUCCCUGUGACGGACGCGAUGGUCAACCAGUUCCUCGGGGGAUCCACAUUGGAACAGGAAAUGAAGAAGGGAAACAUUUACAUCGUGGAUUACAAGAUCUUGGAUGGAACUAUCGGCAACGUGAUCAAGGGGAAGCAGCAAUACGUGGCAGCCCCCAUCUGCCUGUUGUUCCAGGACCCCCAGAACAGGCUGAUGCCUCUUGCCAUUCAGCUCGGACAGCUCCCAGGACCCAACAAUCCCAUCUUCCUGCCCUCGGAUCCGGAGAACCUCUGGCUGCUGGUCAAGAUCUGGGUGCGGAGUUCCGAUUUCCAGCUGCAUCAGGUCGGCUUCCACCUGUGUGGGACGCACCUCCUCGGGGAGGUGUUCUGUGUCGCCACACUGAGGCAGCUUACCGCCGUGCACCCCGUCUUCAAGCUUCUGACUCCACAUACGAGGUACACACUGGAGAUCAACACACGGGCCAGAAACGAACUCCUGGGCAAGAAUGGUGUCAUUUCCAGAGUGGUGGCCUCAGGUGGGCCUGGCCUGGAUGCAGUUGCCCUGAAGGCCUGUCAGUCGUUCACCUACAGGUCCAUGUGUCUCCCUGAUAACCUGCAGGACCGUGGGGUCCUGGAGUUGAAGGAAUACUUCUACCGUGAUGAUGGACUCCAAAUCUGGUCUGCAAUCAGCAAGUACGUUAAGAACAUCAUGGGGCUCUACUACAAGAGUGACCGCGAUGUGCUUGAAGACGUGGAGUUGCAGGCUUGGAUGAAGGACGUGGUCCAAGAGGGGUUCACAGAUCUUCCUGGAACUGGAUUCCCGGAGAGCUUUCAGUCCAGGGAAGAGCUCUUCAAAUUCCUCACCACGGUGAUCUUCACCUGCUCUGCCCAGCACGCUGCGGUCAACAAUGGGCAGUAUGAUUGGAGUUGUUGGGUGCCAAACUCGCCAUGCACCAUGAGGGAGCCUCCACCCACCUCCAAAGGAGACCGCUCAAUAGAUCAGCUCAUGGAUACCCUGCCCGAUAUGAGCCAGUCCGCUGUACAGAUGGCGUUCACAUGGCACCUGGGUCGACCUUUACCUAACAAGAUCCUGCUGGGCAGUUUCGAGGAGGAGUACUUCACCGAGCCGGAUGCCAAAAAGGCCAUGAUGGAAUUCCAGGAGGACCUGAAGGAGAUCGAGCGACGGAUCGAGGACCGAAACCAGGGCUUGGACCUCAAAUACCAGUAUCUGCAGCCCAGCAAUAUCGAGAGCAGCAUCAGCAUCUGAGUCCUGCUCUCCCCACACCCCAACCACUCUCCACUGGGACCCCCAGUCAUAGCGGGGAAGAGGAGAGUAUCCCUUCACCUCCUAGGCUCUGUGUUGGAGAUAGAGGUGGGGCUUGGGGUUGGAGUUAGGGGGUUAGGGUAGGUGAUUAGGGGUUGCGUUAGAGGUUAGAAUUAGGGGUUGGGUAGAGGUCACAGCAGUUAGGGUUCGGGAUUAGGGUUAGGUGUUGGGGUUAGUGUUAGGGGUUAUGCUUAGGGACUAAGGCUCUGUGUUACAGGUGGAGGUUAUGGCUAGAGUCAGUGGGUAUGGUUAAGGAUGUGGGAUAGGGUCGGACUUUGAGUUUAGGGUUGGGGUUAGAGGUAGGAGUUUGGGUUUAGGGUU